AACUUAGACUGGUCAAUCAGGGGCAGGGGCUUGAUUUUGAUUCCAUGGUAGGUAGAUGACUGGUCGCGUUCGCGAUUGAUACAACUAGUGCUUAACAUAAAAAAGAACUGAAAAUGCCGCGGAAACUUCUAAAAUUCCUUAUAGUGUUCGACAAUACGUCCUUACUGUAUUUUCCUGGUCAAUUCCUCUCGGGAAAAGUGUUAAUGGAAUUGCAGGAUGAUACGCCUGUAUUAGGUCUACAUUUCCAUGUAGUGGGAGAAGGUGUGGUAAGGGUGGGUUCCGGGAGACACGAGAGGCUAUUUGAUAAAGAAAACUAUAUUGACUUUAGAAUGAGACUGCUGGGAGAACCAGGUCAUGGUACAACAACCCUAUCACCCGGUAUCCAUAGCUUCCCUUUCAAGUUAGGACUACCCAUGGGUCUUCCAUCCACAUUUCUGGGCACACAUGGCUGGGUCCAGUACUAUUGUAAAGCAGCCCUGAGGGAACCCAAUGGAUUGACACAUAAAAACCAACAAGUGUUCAUUGUUAUGAACCCAAUCGAUUUGAAUUUGGAGCCCCCUGUUUUGGCACAAGAGUUAGAGUGCAGCGUGGAUCACCGCGUGGGAGUGGGGUGCGUGGGCGGCGGCGCCGUGUCGUGCCGCGUGUCGCUGGACCGCAGCGCGUACGUGCCGGGCGAGACCGUGCUGCUCUCCGCCGCGCUGCACAACCGGAGCCGCACCACCAUCAAGGGAUCCAGGGCCGCGCUCACCGAGACCAUACACUACCACGCGCACGGGAAGGUGGCGGCGAAGGAGGUGCGCGAGCUGUCGGUGCUGCGGCACGGCAAGGUGCGCGCGGGCGCGGCGGACGUGUGGCGCCGCGAGCAGCUGUACGUGCCGCCGCUGCCGCCCACCAACCUCAGGGGCUGCCAUCUCAUAUCCGUGCACUAUGACGUCUUCUUUAUAAUAGAGCCGAAGAGUUUGGAGAAGGAGGUGAAACUGCAGCUGCCGAUAGUGGUGGGCACGUACCCGUACCGCGAGGAGGGCGCGGACCCUCCCGGCACCCUGUACCCGAGCACGCUGCCGAUCUUCCGGCCCUGGCUCCACGAUAAACCUGCCCACUGAACCGCAUCGUCUUCCGACCGGCUACGUGAAGCGGCCAAGUAACACAAACUCUACCGUUUUACUGUAUAACAAAUAAACGAAUAAGGAGUUUGUCCCUUAAAUGUACAUUCCAUGAAUUUACAGAACUACAGUAUAAGGCAAAAUUUAAAAAAGUUUUAAAAAAACACGCCUUAGGCGAAAAAGGCAAAAAUGAAAAUAAUAAAUUGUUAUUAUCCUGUUCAAGAUAUUAGGCCAAAGUAGUAGAACUAUGAUGGCAUUUUGAUCGAUUUUUGAGAAUUUUCAAGGUCUUUAGAUCAGUGAAAAUAAUGUUGAAAAUAUCCUCUGCAAAAUUUUAUAUAUAUACAGGUCAAGCUAAUAAAAACGCGUUGAAAAGGGUAAUCUUCAUACGACAUUGUGACAACGAAUUUAUUCAAAAUUUUAACACUGCCCUAGAGUUAAGAAUAAUGUGUACGCGUGUAAUAUAUAUAUUAAAAAUAUGACAUAUCAAAAGUACAUAGAUUAUUGUGAUUAAAAAUAUCAUUUGGUGCCAUUUUAAUUAAAACGUAAGCAGCCCUACCGUUUUAUUGCGUAACUGAGGUACAGUCGCCGACAGAAUUGCGUUUUCCAAGUAUAUAAAAACAAACUAGAUGGCGUUAGUGGUUCAGUUCACUACGUGCUUACUAAGCAACCACUACUUAGGAGACCUCAGUCAAGCGGUAAUGAAAAUGUUUAUUAUUUCAAUGUUUUUCAUUUUUAUCUUUGUUUAUAAAACAAAUGUGUAUUCUCUAUUAUAUAACAACUGUCAUUACCACAUAAUUUUUUUUCUUACAAAUUAAUCCACAAUAUGACUAAAAUAUUUUCUAAAUUGACAAAUUAAAAUUUUGAAAUUUAUUCAACAAAAAAUUUAUUAGAAAUUCUUUGUUUAUGAUUGCUGACGAACAAUCUUAUUGUCAGUGUCAAUGAUCACGUAUGAAAGAUUUUAUUUGAAUCUAUAAAAACAAGACAUAUUUUUAUGGUCCACAGAAUGUGUGUUACAAAGUACUUAAAAGAGCGCACGUUCUUUCUAUUUAACGUCAGAGAACUUUCUUUCAUAUCGCGUGUUCGCACAGAAAAUAUUUUUUUACAAAAAUAAAGUUAUUGUAUUUGAUGUACUUUGCUCAUAUUUGUGAAUUUACUGUUAAAUUAUACUAAUGGAACUUGUCGUGUUUAAACUAACCUGUGAUAUAUUAUUGAUCCGUCCAAUUUUAAUUAUUCUAUAAUGAUUUUACGAAUGAACUUAUAUUAAUAAAAUACAUAUAA